UUUCCAUUAUUGUUGACUGCUUGAGAAAACGUUUCUCUUGCGUCAAUUCUUCAAUUCCAUUUUUGUUCUCUAGAGAGAGAAACUUUUGUUCUUUGGUUAGGGAGCUAGAGAUUGUCAUCAUCAUCAUCUCUCCUUUGUCGUUAGUCAAAUCAAAAUCCCUAUUUCGACAUGGAUUAAGCACUGAGCACCUUCUUCAAGUUCUGAUUCAACUCAGAACCGAUCCCUGAUUCAACUCGCUUGGCUCUUCAGAUUUGAUCGGAAGGGCUACUUGUUGUUCGUGGUAGGGUUUACCGAUAUUUUUGGAGCGCAAUGGAGAAUCCACCUGCGGAGGAGCUUCUGAAGAAGAUACUUGAGCUAGAGGAGAGUCAGGAGCAUCUGAAGCAGGAGAUGUCUAGGCUUAAGGUUUCUACGGAGCUUAGGCAGCGUUCGCAUUCGGUUUCUCCUGCGAGGAGGAACAUCGGCGAGGGAGCUCCGGCUUGGAGGAAAAACGGUGCCGCCUCGUUUCGUAACGCUUCUCCGUUGCGGAAGGAGAGCCGUCUCCACAAUUCGAUGAGAUUGAGGUCUGAAGUUGGUCCCGGGGGACCAUCGGCUGGUAAAUUCACCGAUAAACAGUAUUUGAAUAUACUACAGUCGAUGGCACAAGCUGUUCAUGCCUUUGAUCUAAAUAUGCGAAUUAUCUUUUGGAAUGCUAUGGCGGAAAAGGUCUAUGGGUACUCUGCAGCAGAAGCACUUGGGGAGAAUCCAAUUAAUGUUAUUGCUGAUGAUCGGGACGCUGCCUUUGCUAUGAAUAUUGCUCGACGUUGUGUCCGUGGAGAGAGCUGGACCGGCGAGUUUCCUGUCAAGAGCAAAUCAGGGGAGCGAUUUUCAGCUGUCACUACGUGUUCCCCCUUCUAUGAUGAUGAUGGUGCUCUUAUGGGGAUCAUUUGUAUCACAAGUAACACAUCACCGUAUCUGAACCCUAGAAUCUCUUUGGCUAAAUUAAAGUCGCAAGAAGUUGAAACGAGCUCUAACCCUGCAAGGAAUAGUUUUGCCUCUAAACUUGGCUUAGACUCCAGAGGAGCUGUUAUAUCAAAACUUGGCCUUGACUCCGAUCAGCCUAUACAAGUUGCCAUAGCAUCAAAGAUAUCUGAUCUGGCAUCCAAGGUGAGCAACAAGGUCAGGUCGAAAAUGCGAGCAGGCGAUAUUACUGCCACACUCUCUGAAGGUGGCAGUGGGGAUAGUAAUCAUUCAGACCAUGGUGUCUUCGGUUCUACUCUCACUGACCACAGGGACGAUGCAGCAUCAAGUGGUGCCAGCACACCUAGAGGGGAUUUUAUCCAGUCUCCUUUUGGUGUAUUCACAUGUAAUGAUGAGAAGUUUGCUUCUAAACCCUUCAAAGAUUCCAGUGAUGAGAGUGAUGGAAAGCCUGCAAUCCAUAAGAUUCUCACCUCAAAAGCUGAAGAGUGGAUGGUAAAGAAAGGUUUGUCUUGGCCAUGGAAAGGGAAUGCGCAGGAAGGUUCAAAAGGAAGACCUACUCGUUCUGUAUGGCCUUGGGUACAAAAUGAACAAGAGAAAGAGAAGUGUCUCCAGAUUAAUCCCUCUGCUGCUGUUGAGUCUGAUAGCCAUGCCUUUGAAAGUAAUAAGCCUAUCAAUAAUGAGGCUUCUAGUUUGUGGUCGUCUUCUAUUAAUGCAAACAGUACAAGCAGCGCUAGUAGCUGCGGAAGUACCAGAAGCAGUGUUAUGAACAAGGUUGAUACUGAUAGUGAAGGCUUGGAAUAUGAAAUUUUAUGGGAUGAUUUGACAAUGGGAGAACAAAUUGGACAAGGUUCAUGUGGAACUGUUUAUCAUGGUCUCUGGUUCGGAUCGGAUGUAGCCGUAAAAGUGUUUUCUAAACAAGAAUAUUCAGAAGAGGUCAUAGAAUCUUUCAAACAAGAGGUAUUGUUGAUGAAAAGACUCAGACACCCAAACGUCCUGCUGUUUAUGGGAGCUGUGACUUCACCUCAGCGCCUCUGUAUAGUGUCAGAGUUCCUUCCACGAGGAAGUCUCUUCCGUCUACUACAGAGGAGCACUUCAAAACUGGAUUGGAGGCGGCGUAUCCAUAUGGCCUUAGACAUUGCUCGCGGUAUGAAUUAUCUUCACCACUGUAGUCCACCCAUUAUCCAUCGGGAUCUGAAGUCAUCAAAUCUACUGGUAGACAGGAACUGGACUGUUAAAGUAGCUGACUUUGGUCUCUCUCGUAUCAAGCAUGAAACGUACCUAACCAGCAAGUCUGGGAAGGGAACGCCUCAAUGGAUGGCACCAGAAGUUCUUCGAAAUGAGUCUGCUGAUGAGAAGUCUGAUAUAUACAGCUUUGGAGUAGUACUAUGGGAGCUUGCCACUGAGAAAAUCCCAUGGGAAACUCUCAACUCGAUGCAGGUGAUUGGAGCUGUGGGGUUCAUGAAUCAGAGGCUGGAAAUCCCCGAAGACAUUGAUCCUCGUUGGAUCUCAUUAAUGGAGAGCUGUUGGCAGAGUGAUACAAAGCUGAGACCCACAUUCCAAGAACUGAUGGAGAAACUAAGAGACCUACAAAGAAAGUAUACGAUACAGUUCCAAGCAACUCGUGCUGCAUUAUCUGACAACUCUCUUCCCAAGGACAACUAAACAAACAAAAGUUUUUGCCAUUUUGUUCAUCAACGCACUGCGUCAAGACUCGAAAGAAUUCAUGAAAGAAAGAGAAAGACAGAAAUUGUCUGUUUUUGAGCAGUAACAGUAGGUUGGUGUAAUUACAACGUGGAGGAGACUGUAAGCAGAGACAGCCACUGGAAUUCUGAGACUUGUCUUGUGUGAUGUGUUUGGGUCAUUACACAAACUACCAAAAAUAACGUAUGGCUCAGGUUAGUUACUGUAAUCUCGGUCGUUGGUUUCUGCUCUCUAUUUCUCUGGUGGAAGCUUAAAGGAAGUGCGUGAAAGGAACUUGAUGUGAAGUUGAUUGUGCUAGAAAAUGUAUUAGUUGGGUAGGUUGGCAAGAGAUUGCACUUGCAUAUGUUAACAAGAUUACAUGCAUACUAAAUAUUUUUGUGCGUCGAAGCGAGAAACAUUUGAUGAUAUUUUGUACAGUGAGGAAAAAAAGGGAUUUAAAUUACCAUUUAUAAGUGACAGUGUGACACCACUGGGGAAUUAAUUUUUAUGUAGCGGUAUCAUAUGUUAGGUUUAAUCAA